AUGAAAGACAGGAAAGAACACACCUUUCCAUGUAACAGUUUCUUCUUCAUCAUCAUCUUUCUCAUCGUCUUCUUCUCCGGCUUCUCCUUCUCCUCUUUGGGUUUCCUUUUCAGAUUCAGAGACAGAUUUCAUCAAGAACUAAUCCAGUCUGCUACUAUUACCAAACCCAUCUCCGGCAGCAUUCCGGUCAUCUCUAUUCGUGAAACAGUUGUAUUCCCCGACCAAGUGCUGAUUUUCCUAAACUACCCAUCAUCGUUACCACAAAUUACGCAAGAUUCCAUCAAUUGUAUUUAUUCUUCGCCCAACUAUACCCAACCUAAGCUCAAGCUGUCGCCGAUUACAGUAGACGAAGAACCAUCCUACGGAAAAAUCGUGCGGUGUCCUCCUCUGCCACGUGGCCUCAGCUUGUCAUCAAUCGCCGUAGGAUUGUCCGAUGUUGUUUCGUUCGUACACGUGUCGAUGGAGUCCACCCAUCGUUGGAACUUUCUAGCGUACGAAGCCUUGAUAGACCGCGAUAACACUACGGUGGUCUUCGUUAAGGGAUUCAAUCUACGGCAGGCAAGAGUUUACAAUUCAUCACGAUUCGAAUGCGUGUACGGUUGGGAUUUCACGAGAUCUAAGUUCUUGUUACGAUCAGAAGUGAUAUCGAUCGGUCAAGAGAUCGUACGAUGCAAAACCCCUUUAACCAUUUUAAGUGGCGGCUCAUUUGGAGGAAAUGAUGGUAACCCGAUAAAGGUUUCGGUUCGAAUGAAAGGGAAAGGCAUUAUCCGGUCAGUAGCUCGACCGGGUCAUAUUCGACUGAUGACACCCGACCCGACGGGUCGGAAGGAACAUCUUAUGUGCGUUUGUACCAUGUUAAUGAAUCAAGCCCGAUUCAUGAAAGAAUGGGUGAUGUAUCAUUCCCAUAUAGGGAUUCAAAGAUGGUUCAUCUAUGAUAAUAAUAGCGAUGAUGACAUUGAAAAAGUGAUCGGGUCUUUGAACAAUUCAAUGAAAUAUAAUAUAACCCGACAUCUUUGGCCAUGGAUCAAGACCCAAGAAGCCGGGUUUGCCCAUUGUGCUAUUCGGGCGAGGGAUUCAUGCGAAUGGGUUGGGUUCAUUGAUGUAGAUGAGUUCUUGCAUCUUCCUUUAGGACAAUCAUUGCAUGAAGUAUUGACCAAUCAAUCUAUGACCGACAACAACAUAGGAGAAUUGAGGAUGUCAUGUCAUAGUUUUGGACCAUCGGGAAGGAAGAAAGACCCGUCCGAGGGGGUGAUUGCGGGUUAUACUUGUCGAAUGGCUCAGCCAGAGAGGCACAAGAGCAUUGUGAGGGUUGAUGCGGUUAACUCGAGCCUAAUAAACUUGGUGCACCAUUUUGAUUUGAGGGAGGGUUUUAGGCAUAUAAAUAUGGAUAGGAAUGUAAUGGUGGUUAAUCAUUAUAAGUAUCAAGUGUGGCGAGUAUUUAAGGAAAAGUUUAGGAGGAGAGUAGCGACAUACGUUACGGAUUGGGAAGAAGACCAAAAUGUCGGGUCCAAGGAUCGUACACCAGGUCUCGGAACUAGGGCAAUUGAACCGCUCGAUUGGUCGAGCUGGUUUUGUGAGGUGAAUGAUACCAGAUUGAAAAAUCGAGUAAUAAAUAAUUUUAGAGGAAUUUUGCCGUGUGGACAAGAGCCGGGAGAUUUGGAUCAAAUCAUUACACAGUGUACAGUCUCCGCCGCCAUCAAUCUCGCCUCAAUCAAUCAUCUCUCGCCAACAAUGGUGCCUGAAGAGUCAAAGCAGCAGAGUCCCCAGAUCCCUAAGCAACCGAACGUCGUCUCCAAUGUUCACAAAUCGCCCGGUUGUAUUUUCAGCCCCGGAUUUAGGUCAGCCGCUGCCAUGGCCGGUUGGGAUGAGGAGGCGCUUCUGUUCGCUAGUCUUGUUGUUGAAGACACUCCCGAAAGAAGCCUCAAGCAAAAGAAACGCGUUGAUCUACAGCUCGUCGAGACUCCGCCCAGCAAUUCUAAAAGGUAAGCGCACAUAAAUUUGAAGCGCAAAGUCCAGAGCAUACCCAUUCUCGACCUUGAUGAAAUCGAAACCUCGGCUGAUAGUGAGAAGAAGAAUGUGAAAAUCAAAAUCAGCUCGGAUGAUGAGAAGAAGAAGAAGAAGAUAGACGAAGAAUGUCCAAAAUCCGCUCUUCCAUGUAUGGAUCGACUAAGAGAAGAGCUUUCUUGCGCGAUUUGUUUAGAGAUUUGCUUUGAACCCAGUAGUACUCCUUGUGGGCACAGCUUUUGCAAGAAAUGCUUGAGAUCUGCAGCAGACAAAUGCGGGAAGAAAUGCCCAAAGUGCAGGCAGCUAAUCAGCAAUGGGAGAUCUUGUACAGUGAACACAGUCCUCUGGAACACGAUACAACUUCUUUUCCCACAAGAAGUUGAAUUGAGGAAGGCUGCCCUCCAAAAUGUAGAACGCCAAAAUCCUUCAAGACACAAUAAUAAUAAUCACAACAGUAUGAAUAGUAUUGUGAAUCGGACUGUGGAGAAUGAACAAUCCAGACGGAGAAGAGCAAGGGAUGAAAGGAGGAGGAUCGAGGACCAAGAUGCUGCAUUGGCCCUAAGGCUACAAAGACAGGAUUUCAUGGAGGCGUUUAGCAGCAGCAGAGACCAGAGGAGGAGAAGAACUUAGCUUAACACAGUAGUAUUUGUUGAGUUCUCUCUUUUAUGUCGGUUGUAUCGUAAAAUUAAACUACAUUAUAACAAUCUUUGUUAUGAAAUAUGAACUCCCCAAGAAAAUGUUUCAUUGAAA